CCGCAGCUGCAGCGCUGGGACGGACAGCGAGUCUCGGCUGUGUGCGCGCUCCUGGAAAAGUCACUCUGUGGAUGAAGCGGACUACACGGACCGGACUGGACUUCCCUGAGUUUUCUUUUCCCUAACACUUUGGAAACUUUGUUAUUGUGAUUUAUGGAAGUGUCCGGUUUUAUUGCAGCCGUGAAUCCGUUAUUUUAUCCCGGAGAGAGGCAUGUGCUGGUCUGUUAGAGGUCGGUGGAAAGUCGACCGCUGUCACUUUUGAUUCAUGGACUCGACACGGACUUUAGCUAAAAGCAUUUCAGUCCAGAGGCUGAUACGAGGCUGACUUAAUUCACUGAAUAUUAAGGUUUAGGGAAGAUGAAUUUGUCUUUGGACAGCAUGGACAUCCUGAAGAUUGUGUUACUCAUCUUUGAGGCUGUUUUGCUGACUGACUGCGUAAGAGAUGCUCUCAGUGUCAUCAUAAAAAGCAAAGAAGAGAAAAAGAUGAUCUGAAAGACCUCCACGGGUGUCUGACAAAGUUGAGCACAGACAGACGGCCCGGGUGGGCAGUGCCAUCAAGCUGCCAUGUCCGGUGGAAGGAGACCCUCCACCCCUCAAAAUGUGGACCAAAGACGCACGCAACAUCCACAGUGGCUGGAUACGCUUCCGCAUCCUCCGCAUGGGCCUGAAGAUCAAAGAGGUGGAGACGGAUGAUGCGGGGACCUACAUCUGCAAAGCAACAAACGGCUUUGGUAGCGUUAACGUCAACUACACCCUCAUCGUCAUUGAUGAUUCGGGUUCCGAUAAAACUGGAUUGAGGGCACCUGAUGGAGCCGAGCUUGGUGGUGAAAAAUUUGUGCGUCCCCGCUUCACUCAACCUACAAAGAUGAGGAAGAGAGUGAUAGCUCGCCCAGUGGGCAGCUCAGUGCGGCUCAAGUGCGCAGCCAGUGGAAACCCUCGACCGGACAUCGUGUGGCUGAAGGACGACCGGCCGCUGACGGAGCAGGAGGUCGGCGAGGGCCGUCAGAAGAAGUGGACUCUGAGUCUGAAGAAUCUGAUGCCAGAGCACAGCGGCAAAUACACCUGCAGGGUCUCCAAUUGUGCCGGGGAGAUCAACGCCACGUACAAAGUUGAGGUCAUACAGAGGACAAACUCCAAACCUGUCCUGACAGGCACCCACCCGGUCAACACAACGGUGGACUACGGCGGCACCACGUCCUUCCAGUGCAAAGUGAGGAGCGACGUUAAGCCGGUCAUUCAGUGGCUCAAACGCGUGGAGACCAACGAGGAGAGCCGCUACAACUCCACGAUCGAGGUGGGGGACCAUAGGUUUGUGGUGCUCCCCACGGGUGAGGUGUGGUCGAGGCCCGACGGCUCCUACCUCAACAAGCUGCUCAUUAGCCGCGCCAAGGAGGACGACGCCGGCAUGUACAUCUGCUUAGGCGCCAACACCAUGGGCUACAGCUUCCGCAGUGCCUUCCUCAGUGUGCUGCCAGACACUAAGCCUCACAUAACACCGAUGUUUCCGCAAGCCUCCAGCUCCCUCCCCUGGCCUGUCAUCAUUGGCAUCCCUGCAGUAAUAGUGUUCAUCUUUGGCACAGUGCUGCUGUGGUUCUGCCAAAGCAGAAAACACUGUCCUCCUCCCAGCCCUCCGGCCGCGCAGGUACUGCAGAGCUCUCACCGGCUGCCGCACCGGGAGCGGGACAGGGGCUGCGCGGCUCCCUCGUCCAGCUCCUCCAGCCCCGAGAAAGACUGUGUGACAUCCAUGAACUAUGAGGAGUACCUCGCGCAGCAGCAGCAGCUCCUCCUCGGCCAGGGAGGACCAACAAUUCCUGCUAAAAUCUACCCCAAAAUCUACACAGACAUUCACACACACACUCACUCCCACGUGGAUGGGAAAGUACAUCAGCAUCAACACAUUCAUUUUCAGUGUUAGUGCCAAAUAUUCCCAAAUACUCUCCUCUAAGCUGCGGACAUUAAGCUGCGGACUGAACAGGAACUCUGGAGUGACACUCACCUGGCAUUAUUUUUUUAAAAUGGAGAUUGUUGGAAAAGUGUACAAUGUGUGGAAAAACAGUGGCCAGUGAUACACACCUUUUGUUAUUACAUAAAAACUUCCAUAUUUGUUGCUCUUUUUUUUUUAUACCUGUCAGAUUCUCACACCACUACAAAUGGAUCAAUCCUUGGCGAGCACUUACUAAAAAGGACGGGGACGUUUUUAUUUUAUUUUUUAAGAGUGUGAGGUUAAUAGCAGCUAUUAGGACCAGCUGAAAGGUCUUCCUCAUCAGAUGAAUUUUCCAUUUUCUCAAGUGAAAGUUGGUCUUUAUCUUUCACAUGCUCAGCUGUUGGAGCGCACAGAUGAAAAUGGUACUCAAGACUUACAAAAGGGCUGAUUUUACGCUCCUACUCAGGUUGUCCUUUUGUUUGUUAAAGAUGCAUUAUGCUGGGAAUGCUGACCACUAUCCUUAUGUUACCUUUUUCCAUCCCUGACUUCUGUUAAAAGUGAUAUAGAAUAGACUGAUAAAUGUUUAUUGUCUUUCACAGAGUGGAAUAAUUACAUUGCCAUGUCAACUGUGUUGGUCUACAUUAUCUUUUUUUUUUUUACCUUUUUUGUGGUAGCUUCCCAUCUGUAGUCAGUAGUAUGUUGACAAACAAGAGAAGAUGAGUCUUUUUGACAUCAACCUUUUCCACCCACAGUUCAUGAAGCUGUAGUCAUUUAUAAUCAAACUGAUGACUAUUUAAUUUAUUUUGCUAAAAAAAUGUAUCAAAGGUUUAUUUUUCAGAGUAAAGCGUUUUGCAUAUCUAUGUAAUGUUAUUACGUUGUUGUGUAUAGUACAUAUUUGAAUAUUGUCACUCAGUUUAUUCACAUUUACUUCAUGCCAAUAUUUAGGUAUUUUUUGUAUGUAAUUGGUUGUAUUUGACAAUCUUAUUUGAUGUACUCUAAGGUUUAAAAAAAAAAGUUUGAAGGUUUGAUAGUUUGAUUAAAUGACCAGAAACAAAAACAGAUGCAUUCUUCCUGAAGAUUAGUGGAUUUUGGGUAUUAGUUAAAAGCUGCAGUGUGCACUGUGAUGAUGAAGGUGUACCUUUCAUGAAACCGUCAGGGCACGCAGGUCAGCUUUCUUCCUUUGAGUGGGUUGAAGUGUCCGUCAAGGGUGACACAGAGGGCAUGUCCACAGAGGGGCAGAACGUGCUGGGAUGAAUGAAUAGAUACUGUACAGACACAAGAGCAGUCUCACAGUUGCUUUAUAGAUGAGUGAUGGCCCCUGCAAGACUACACCAAACAACCAGCAUCUUUUCUCAUUUAAGUGAAUUGACCCUCUCCUCCCCCCUCUCUAGUCUGCACCACCACCAUCUACUCAUUCAACUCCAAUCUAGGUAGGAUUUCCUUUCACCAUUUAGGAAGUGCAUUGUCCUGCUGUGGGAGUGAUGUGACGGGACCCUGUGAUUGCUCAGGAAAGAAGGGGAGCAUUGUAUCAAGUGAGCUCUUGUUUUGUUGCAAGUAUGGCAGGAUGGAGAUGAGCUUUGGCUCCAGACAGAUGACGGCCGAGUACACUGAGCAGCCUGUUUUUAAAGCAGGUGCGUUUCUCUGAGUCAAAAAGCUGUGGUAUUGUCGUGUCCAUAAAUAACGCUUAGAAUACAAAAUCCAGCUGAGAAGAUUAAAUUAUGAGAGCAUGCACUGCCCUCUAGUGGUCAGGGUCCUGUAUAUCAGCCAUUGCUAAAGUCAGAAGUGCCACAAUCCACUUAGAACAGCAAGAAAAUCCCAUGGGGUCUACCCAGUCCUAACUGCUCACUCCAAAGUGAUU